CUUUCAGCAAAUUACAAAUAUUCCAGUGUUACUAGUAAAUUAGUUGGUCGUUCAGUGUACUAAUAGUUAAGUAACAUGUAUUGGUACCAGGUGACAUUGCUGCAUUUGUCGGACGAAGAUCCGAUAAAACUCGGUUGGAUGAUUGACAUGACACAGACGGACGUUAAGUUUAGCGAUAAGGCAAAAUCGGUGCAAGAGUUUCAUGAUGCGAUUACCAGGCCAAAUCUGCUGGAGGACACACUUGACGUAUUCAUUGCAAAGUUGGCAGAAUUCAUUAGUGCCGAUGGAAUUGUGUCUGCCGAUGAAAUUGUAAACAUUUGUAGUGAGAAGGUGAUGCCGAGUUUGGCUGAGUUGGAGGCGUUCAUGACAUUGGCAUUUUUCGAAAAGGAAUUUAAAUACUGCGUCAACACGUUCAAUCAAUCAAAGACAGCGAACGGAAAGUUGCUUUUUGGAAUGAUGGAGCCCCACCUCCAGCACUACGCAAUUGGGUGUACUCGUCCACUGCCGACUUUCCUUGGCCAUUUGGACGUACAUGUGGAAUUGGGGCCGAUAUACCGCAUGGUGGUAACUGAAACGGAUACCAUUGUGAUGUACCAUCUGAAGACCCGGCCAACCAUUAUACUUCCGCGGGGGGUUAUAUCGAGAUUGGACCAGUUUGUACGCGAGAGCCAACAGCAAGUCGACAGCGUACAGUAUGUUCCCGGUGUUGGUGUAGAAUACGAGUUUGAUACGGCCGCAUUGUUCGAGACAACACCGGAACAAUUAUAGAAUAACAUUCUAUAAAUACAAAUAUUCAAUUUAUAGAAUGAUAAGUGAAUGUAACACACUGAAGUACAAGAUUCGAAAAUACUUUGAUUGAUGGACGUCUCCAGACUUCUCUCAACUUUUUGAUUUUCAAAUUCGGCUGAUUCGGCUGACCUUAUGAAAUGAAACACAAAAAUUUUCCCAAAAACAAACCCAAAAAAAUUUAUUGAAAUAUAAAGUGGCAAAUGAAAUGUUGGAUGA